CCCCAACGAGUUCAUUUUGGUUGAAACAAAAAUCCGAAAUAAUAUCUCCUUACAGAGUAAGGGACAAUUAACCUUUUCUUCGUCUUUCGGCUCAAUCGAUUAAGGUCGUUUCUCUCUUUAGGGUUCCGAUCAAGCCCAGUUUAUUGAUUACCCCACAAUCAACAAUCCGAUCCGUUCGCGAGCUAUGUUCAGGUUCUGGGGUUCACAGGAGCAACAAGCUCAGCCACGUCCACAAGAGGGUUCUUCACAUUCUUGGUAUCCUCCUCCUGCGGAAAGGCCACAUUCUCCCUCACAAGUUUCACCCUCUGAAGCUGCAGGAAUCAUUGCUCUUUUAAGGGACAAAAGUGUUGAUGAAUUACGGAAGCUUUUGUCUGACAAGGAUGCAUACAAUCAGUUCCUACUAUCAGUGAAUCAGGUUAAAAUUCAAAACAAUAUAAGAGAUGAACUCCGGAAGGAAACUUUGCAGCUUGCUAGGAACAAUUUGGAUAAAGAACCACAAAUGAUGGAGCUAAGAAACCAGUGCCAAAUUAUUCGGACCACGGAACUCGCAGCAGCUCUGGAGAAACUAAACGAUCUCGAGAGCCAGAAAGAAGAAAUCCUGAAGUUCUACUCUCCUGCAUCAUUUAUCAACAGGCUUCAAGAUGCAAUCAAUGAGACAGAUAAGGAAUCAGACAUGAUGAACAAGCAGCUCCUCGAUCAGGAGAUCGAUAUAGGGACUUUCGUGCAGAAGUACAAGAAGCUCCGAACUAGUUACCACCGACGUGCUCUAAUCCACCUUGCGGCUAAAACAUCUCCUAUUGCAUGAUCAAGGCAGCCGGAGAUGGUUGCGGUUCUGUACCCUAAUUGUCUAUUGUCCCCUGUAGGGUGAAAAGCACAAACCAAACAUGUGAACUAAAUCCUUGUGGUCUGUUUUGUUCGAUUUUUAAUUUUGCUUUGCAUUGUUUCUAUCAAGAGAAACUGGGAUGGGGAGAAAAAAAAGUUAUCCACGUGUGUAUACAUAUGUGUAUUGUCAUACUACUAUAAAAGACUCAAAAUAAUAUCAAUAAUGCAGCAUGCAUAACCAUAUAUCAUAUAUGAUCUUGAAAGGGAUCGUUUCAG